UUUCGGUCCCUGUACACAAGGACAGUCAGUAUUGGUUUGCUUUUGAGUUUGAUGGGAAGCCAUAUUGUUUUACUCGUCUUUGUCAGGGCUACACAGAGAGUCCAACUAUUUUUAACACAGCUCUGAAGGACUCUUUGGCUGAUUUGACUCUGUCUCCUGGAACUGUCCUUACACAGUAUGUUGAUGAUUUAUUAUUAUCAGCAGGAUCAGAGGAUCAGUGUAGGAAAGACACCUUGAAACUGCUUCAACAUCUUCAUAAGAAGGGUCACAAAGUUUCACGAUCUAAAAUGCAGUUUGUACAGAAAGAAGUGACAUUUCUUGGUCAUGUUCUCUCACAUAAAAGCAGAAAACUGUCCCCUCAGCGCAUUGAAGCUGUUCUGAAAAUCCCAAAACCUGUCACCAAGAAACAAAUGAUGUCAUUUUUGGGUAUGACAGGUUAUUGCAGAGCUCACAUUCUGAAUUACUCUGAGCUGGAAGCGCCUUUGGCCAGUUUAAUAUAUGGGAGGAGCUUGGCAGCUGCAGACAAAAUUAAAUGGACAGAUGAGGCAGAAUUGGCUUUCAAUGAUUUAAAAACAGCCCUGUCUUCUGCGCCUGCAUUGGCUUUACCAAACUCUGACAAGCCAUUUAUUCAAAUGGUGGAUGAAAAAUCUGGUUUCAUGUCAUCUGUGUUGUUGCAAUCCCAUGGUGAUAAAUUGCGACCUGUGGCUUAUUAUUCCAGUAAGCUUGAUGCAGUUGCAGCUGGGCUGCCUGGUUGUUUGCGAGCUGUUGCUGCAGCUGAGAAAGCCGUGUUGGCAUCACGUGACGUUGUUGGAUAUAAUCCAUUGACAGUUUUUGUUCCACAUUCUGUUUCCAUCAUCCUCCUGGAACAAAAGACGUCUCAUCUAUCAGCAGCAAGGUGGCUGAGGUAUUCUUCAAUAUUAUUGGACAUGCCCAACAUUACAAUUAAACGUUGUAACACUUUAAAUCCAGCCACACUACUGCCUACUGAGGAGGAUGGUGAAAGUCAUGACUGCGCAGCUGUCUUAAAUGUUGUUUGUACCCCUCGUCCUGACUUGCAAGACACCCCUUUGACUAACCCUGAUCUUAUCUUGUAUGUAGAUGGGUCUUCCUCCCGUUCUGCAGUGGGUCUGAACCAAGUAGGAUUUGCAGUGUGCUCUGACUCAGCUGUUUUGCGCUCAGGUCCUUUGCCAGCGCAUUACUCAGCUCAAACAGCUGAAUUAAUUGCUUUGACUGAAGCUUGCAAGUUGGCAGAAGGAAAGACUGUGACUAUUUACACAGACUCAAGAUAUUGUUUCGGAGUGGUGCAUGAUUUCGGGGCCUUGUGGAAACAUCGCUCCUUUUUGAAAUCAGAUGGAAAACCUAUCUUGAAUGCUAGACAAGUGUCUGAUCUUUUGGAUGCUAUUAUGUUACCCGCACGUUUGGCUGUGGUUAAGUGUGCUGCGCACACAGGACAGUCUGAUUUUGUUUCUAGGGGUAAUGCAGCCGCGGACUCGGCAGCAAAAACCGCAGCUUUGAGGCCUUUCUCCUCAGAUGAAUCUUUUCUUUCUCUGACUGAUCCGCAAGGUGUCACUGUUCCUGAAAUGCAAUCUUUUGCUACUUCACAGGAAAAAGAAAAAUGGCGAAGAGCUGGGUGUAUCUUUAACAGCAGUUCUGGCUGGCAUGUUUCUGAUGGUAGACCAUGCCUGCCUAAACAUUUUUUUCCCUGGUUUGCUAAAUGGACGCAUGGUUUGGAUCAUGUGUCCAAAGGGGGAAUGCUGGAUAUGGUUAAAAAAUACUGGUAUACAAAUGGGUUUUCAGUGGUAGCUGAAAAUUAUUGUAAAAGAUGUUUGAUCUGUGCUUCUCACAACCCCUCGAGGGUUCCUGCACAAUCACAGGCGGCACAUCCACCUCCACGGUUCCCAUUUCAGCAUUUGAUGAUGGAUUUCAUUGAAUUGACACCUGCUGAAGGGAAGAAAUAUUGUUUAGUGGUCGUGGACAUGUUUUCUAAAUAUGUUGAAGCGUUUCCAACAAAACACGCAGACAGCAGUGCUGUAGCGAAGUCUUUGUUGACAGAGAUUCUUCCCCGUUGGGGGGUCCCAGAGGUGAUUUCCAGUGAUAACGGGACACAUUUUGUCAACAAAGCUUUGCAAGAAAUUAGUAAGCUUCUAGGUUUCCAGUUGAAGACACAUUGUGCUUACCACCCACAAUCAGGUGGAGCAGUAGAACGAGAAAAUGGAACAAUAAAAAAUAAGUUGGCUAAAUGCUGUGAAGAAACAGGUUUGUCCUGGCCGAAAGCGCUCCCUCUGGUUCUUAUGUAUAUGCGGAUGAGAAAUAGAUCCAGAGCUAAUUUGAGUCCUUUUGAAAUCCUUUUUGGGAGACCUGCAAAUACAGGGGGAAGACCGAGUACUAAUCUAAGUACACUAACAACUGCUCAUUUUGAACAUUCCAUGUUGGAAUAUUGUAAGGUUCUGUCACGUUCUCUCUCUCUCUCCCAUCAGACGGUGAAAGCUGCCUUACCCCCAGUAGCUGACAGACCCCUGCACCAGUUUCAGCCAGGACAGUGGGUGCUGAUUAGAGAUGCCAGGAGACGUCACUGGAGAGACAAGCGGUGGAGAGGUCCGUUUCAAAUUCUGCUGGUGACUCACACUGCCGUAAAGGUCCAGGAACGUGACACCUGGGUCCAUUUUACGCACUGCAAGGUGUUCACUGGAACACCACCCGAGCAGCAUCCUGGUUCUGAACCUCCUACCUAG